CAUUCACUUCAUUCAGUCAGUCUGUCACCAAAUCUGUGGGCUUUCGUCCUUUUUGCAAAUUGUCAAAAAACUACGCAAAAAUGUUCGCAAAAAAUGUCGUCAAUGUAUUUGUUCGCAAUGCAAACGCAUUGAAAUCGCCUCAGCCUAUCAGAUAUUUAUCUGUAACAUCCGUGAAAGGCGAUAUAGUCAAAAUUCAAAGUACGGAUGACUUCAAAGAUAAAGUCAUCAACAGCAAAGUCCCAGUCGUAGUUGACUUCUUUGCUACAUGGUGCAAUCCUUGUCGCCUGCUGACUCCUAGACUAGAAUCUAUUAUUUCUGAAUCCAAGGGCAAGGUAGUUCUUGCCAAAGUUGACAUAGAUGAACAGACAGACUUGGCUUUGGACUAUGAAGUGAGCUCUGUGCCUGUAUUGGUGGCCAUCAAGAAUGGAAAGGUCUUGCAUCGCUUGGUAGGCUUGCAGGACACAGAUAAGCUGCGCAAAUGGAUUGAAGGCUUUACUUCUGAUGAAAGCAAGAAAGAAGUUAUUUAAGAUAUGAUGUGAUAAUAUUGUAUUUCACACUCUUUAAAUUAUUGUUGUUACCAUGUAGUAGAUAAAAAAUAAAUGCAAAUGAAACAA